GCAGUGGUAUGUUCACGUGAGUUUAAAAUUUCAGUUUACUAUGAUAUAAGAGUAACAUCGUUUUUUUCACAUAUCAUUUAUAGUGAAAAGAGGUCAAAAUAGAUCAGUAACAGUGAGGAGUCCAACAAUGUGUUCUUUAUUGUGAGACUAUAAAUUAAAUUAAAAUCCGUUAUUGGUAUAAAAUUUAUUUCUUAAACUAACUCUUAAUAGCUUAUGCAAAGGAAUUGUAACAGUUUUUUUUAAGUUCAAGAGUGUUAAGGAUUAACUUGCAUGGUGAUGAGUCAAGUGAAACAGAAACUAUUAGCAGAACAAUUUUAAAAUCGAUUAAAUUUGUCCAAACAGUUUGAUAACCAAUGCACUGAAAUACAAAUGAAUUUCUCAAGAUUACUAAUUCUGGUCCUUUUAGGGAAAAUACUUUCCUCUGAAUGUAAAAAUGUAAACUCCUACUCCAAAAGAAGAAUUCCCUACCAAGUAUCUGUUGAGGUGGACAGUGACUUCAAAUGUACAGGAGCAAUCAUCAAUGUGUACUGGGUAGCAGCCGUCUCUUCCUGUCUUCAGAAUGCUUCUGCCAAUAAGGUGAUUGUAAGGGCCGCCACGAGAGCUCCCCUCUGGCGGGGAUCAGCACACAGAGUUCAGCAGCUAGUGACGUCCCCCCCUUGUAGCUCAGGUCAUCUCAUCUUGUUAAAGGUGUUUAACAAAUUCAAAUUCAACGGAAAGACCCGGCCAGUGACGAUGUUGCCGCGUACACCCUCUUCAGGAGACAUCGGCUGGGAGUCUACGUGGCCUUGUAUUCAGGUUCCUUACAAUACAAUUUCACAAAGACCUAUCACAAUCUUAGAGCCUUCAUUCUGCAAAGAGAUUACGACUGAUCCUGAAAAUGUGUGCGUAUUUGGAAAACAUAGGCUUUGGACAAAUCCCAGCUUUUGCCAAAAUACCGGAGCUUUGGUGGUGGUCCAAGACCGAUUGGCAGGGUUUGUCUUAAGAUCUUACAACUCCACCGUAGACAUUUGCCUGCAAAUCAUCCCAUAUAUUCCAUGGAUUGUACAAAUCGUCUUUGGAGGACAUUAAAAUGUUUUUUUAGAGGUUA